AGCAGCAGUUGCUGCAGCAACAGCAACACCGACUCUUCGUGGAGCCGAAGAUGGAAAGGCGCAGCAGCGACAGCAGCAGCUGCAGCAGCAGCAGCAGCAGCAGCGGCGAUGGGCCCUACCGUAGGCUGCGGAGUUCCCUACGCGGCUAUCCGACUUCCGUAGGCACAACUGCAGCAGCAGCAGACGCUGUGGUUGCUGCUGCAGCAGCUGCAGCAGGUGCUGGGGGUGGCCAGGAGCCUUUGCGGAGGGCUUUGAGUGACAGUGAGUGCGUGCCGCAGCCGUCCGCCCGCUGGCAGCAGCAGCAACAACAACAGCAGCAGCAGCAGCAACAGCAGCAGCAUUCCCGUUUGAGGAGGAGACACACAGGAGGCUAUCCAGCUGUCCGGCGAGUGCAUCUGCGUCUGGCAGCAAAGGCGCGGCUUUGCCGUUUGCUGCUCUCUUGCUACAGUCUUCAAGGAGGAGACACCUCAGGCAGCUUGGGGGCCCCUACUGGGGGCCCCCUAGGCCUCUGCUGCCGCUGCGCUGGUCUGAGUGUAUCAUCUUCAGGGUCACGGCGAGCAGUGGGAUGGCCGUCAGGCGCAGCAGGUGGUUCACGUGGCGUUGCAGCAGCAGCAGCAGCUGCUGCUGCUGCUGCAGCUGCUGCAGCAGGAGGUCCCGCCGCCUCGGCAACAGGAGCAGGAGGCGGAGCUGCUGCUGCACGAGUGCCUUAUUCUUUGUCUUGUAUAGAGGAAUGCUUGUAUGGAGAUGAUGCCUUCAGCACCGCCCCCUUUGGGGGCCCCGCUGGGCAGCUGCUUGUACGCUGUCCCCGCUGUGGAGGCCGUCUGUGUGGGGUGAGGCCCCCUGAAGCAGAAGGCAAGUGGCGCUGCGACGGGCUUAACCCUGAAGGAAGAUGUGCAGCAGGUCUGAUGGAGUUCCGCUCCUGGACAGGCGCACAGAGACAUCGAUGCAAAAUUGAUGACUUCGAUUACUGCCAGGCCUGCCACAUCUACAAGGCGGUGUUAAACAGAAGAAAGUCUGUCUGGCGUGUUGAUGGUAGCCGCACUCUGCUGCUUCCCGAGGACCCCCCAAGUGUACAUAAAGGGCUAUUCGUCUGGCAGCAACCUGCUGCUGCAGCUGCAGCAGCAGCAGCAGCAGCCGCUCCCGGUGGUCCUCGCGAUGCCUCGGCUGCCGAUGCAGACUCAACGAGUGCUAGCUGCAGCGCCGGCCCCAGCAGCAGCAGCAGCAGCAGCAGCAGCAGUGAAGGGCCAACAGGCCUUUGGGGCGCACUUCGUGCAGAUGCGUUACGGCCGCUGCCUCCUCCUGAUGAGAGGGUAGAGGAGUUGGUGGCGAGCCGACUGCAGGGGGGCCCUGAAGGUGCUGCUGCUGCAGGUGUGCUGCUGUGUCUCCCCAGCAGUCUGGUGUCUCCUCAGCCCCCCAAGGGGAACCCUGCUGUUAUUCAAGCCAUUGAGGCCCCCGCUUCGCUGCCGCCUCUCAGCAGACAGCAACUUACUCGGCUCAACUGUACACGCUUCUUCCCCCUGUAUCACAAAGAUGCAGAGACACUGCGGGUAGAGGGCCUUAGAAGCCCUAACGCCAAUUUCUUAACCCUCAUCUUAAUCUCAGACGAGAAUGUAUGGCCCCUUGUUAUACAGGCCCGCUUCCAAGACACCCCCAGCAACAGCAGCAGCAGCAGCAGCAGCAGCAGCGGUGGCGGAGGGGGUAGGAGCCUCGGAGUUGAAGAUGGGCAGCUGUUUGCUUCUGCUGAUUGUCUCCUUGUUAGCAGCUAUGUGAGGGGACACUGGCGCGGCAGCGCCAAGACUGAGCGCGCUAGGCGGUCGCCUUCACCCCUCAGAGGAGCUGCUGCUGCUGCUGCACAUCAGACCUCUUUAGACCCUGACAGCAGCAGCAGCAGCAGCAGCAUGGAGGAGGGGAGGUGGUAUGUGGAUAUACACCGGGUUGCUGGCCCUGGUGGAGGCACGCUGCGCUUCAAGGGGACAAUUUGUGUGAAUGGCGAAGUACAUUACUGGCGUUUGGUGUCUCCUGUAGCAGCAGCAAACCCUCCUCGUUUUGUUGCAGUAGGUGGGGCUGCAGCAGGCCGCAAGGAUAUGGCUGUUUACUUCUCCUCUCACCUGAACAGACACCUCGAGCUGCUGCUGCCGCACACGCUGCAGCAACUCCACAAGUUCAUCUUCGCUGAUCCUAACGACUGUGUCUCCCCAGUGCCCCCUCCCCACGCUUCCUGCACGGCUCCGGCCACGGCAGCAGCAGCAGCAGCAGCAGACCAGCAGCAGCAGCACGAGCAAGAAGUCCUUCGAUUGUGUACAGAAGCCACGAGGAGUGCGCUGCAGCAGCAACCGUUGCUGCAGGUGCAGCUGCCGGUCGACACGCAGCAGCGGCAGGCUCUGACAGCAGCAGUUCGUUGCUUCCAGUGGGAGGCAGCAACGCAGGCUCAGAACCUGCUGCUGCAGCUGCUGCUGCAGCAACCCCGAGCUGCGCUGCCUCUGUGGCCGCAGCUGCUGCGGACUUUCGCUGAUCUUGUUAGGGCAAGGCCUUCCCUUCGAGGUGUUGUUGCAGAGCUGCUGGUGCGGGUAUUGCGUGCAGCAGAUGCAGCAGAACAACUGCCGCCUCCCCUCCACCAGCAGCAGCAGCAGCAGAAGCAGGAGCUGUUGCUGCUGCAACAGCAAGCUCGUUUCUGGGCGGUGGUGCCGCGUUCGUUGCCCGGUGUACGUUUAGGUGCGGAGCUGCUCAUACAGCUGAGGAGCCUUUGCUUGCUGGGGCUGAUGUCUGUGGGGUUGCUGGACCUUCACUUCAACUCAGAGUUUGGGGCCUUUAGGGAGCUUGUGGAGGCGCGGGAACGGCAAGAGGGGGUAGAUGAAGCAGCAACAGCAGCAGCGGCAGACGCAGAUGCAGGUGCGGACGGAGCAGCAGCAGAAACAAUAGCCGCAGCAGGGGAUGAGGCUGAGGAGGAGACAGCGGAGCUGACAGCUCCAGAAGCAGCACGAAGCGUGCUGCGGCAGGUAGCAUCAGAGCUGUUGCACCCGCCUCCCCGAUCCCCACCUCGACCACUGGUCCUCUCGCAGACAGUCAAUGGGAGGUCCAGUGGUCAGCAGCAGCUGCUGCGGCGUUGUGCUGCCUCCACCCCACCGCUAGUGGGAGUCGAUCCCGUUCGCCUGUCGCGCCAAGGCUUCCUAAACCCUGCUCUGCUGCUGCACGAACUUGGGCGUGAGACCCGUCACCCGUACAGCCCAGUUGCUGCGUUCACCGCUACUGCUGAGGCCUCUGUACCCUACAGCUGGGCCACUGCGGGGGGCAAACAGCAGCAGCAGCAGCAGGAGCAGCAGCAAGAGCAACAGCAGCUGCAGCACGAAGGCGCUACGUACUCAACCGUCCUUCGUCCUGAAGACGCCAGCAGCAGCACCAGCGACAACACCAACAGCAGCAGCAGCAGCAGCAGCGAAGAGGGUGCUUUCUGCUUGGGCGAGUCUCCUUUAUGUGGGGGGGAGUUGUCUCCUGGCUUUGCCUGGGCCCGGGGCUGCGUCCUUCGCUUCUGUCGCCUCAGCGGCACUCGCCUUGGAGAUGCUCUCAGGUUUUACUCUCAGGGAGAAGCUGCAUGCGUUGCUGCAUAUAGCGGGAGUUCGUUGAGGGUGUGGGGCCGUCCUUUGGUGCUGCCUGGCUUUGCCUUCGAUUGCUGCUUCUCUUCAUUCGGUCUCUGCAGCAGCGCAGCUCCGCUGCCGGACCCUGCGUCCCCCAGUGACGGCCCAGGAAUGUGGCUGUCACCAGAUCUAACAAGCCCUCUGCUGCCUGCAGAUGGAGGCUGCCCACAGGCUGCUGCAGCCUCAGCAGUUGCUGCGGAAGCUGCAGCAGCAGCAGCAGCAGUAGCAGCAGCAGUAGCGUCAGGAGACGGAUUCGCUGAGGCCGCCGUUAGGGAUCCAAGUUCAGCAGGCGCCGCUGCAACGGAUCUUUCGGGCGGUGCAGCCGCAGCAGCAGCAGCAGCAGCAGAAGCAGCAGCACGGCAGGCAGCGCGUAUUGCUGAAGAGUAUAUGCAGCUGGAGCAUGUUAGUGACCAACCCAGCAGCACCAGCAGCAGCAGUAGCAACAGCAGCAGCAGCAACAGCAACAGCAGCAGCAGCAACAGCAACAGCAGCAGCAGCAACAGCAACAGCAGCAGCAGCAACACAGCAGCAAGCGGGAUUUCAGAGAUCGCGUCCCCCAGCCUCUGGGGCUGGAAGUUCUGUGUCUCUGCUGCCACGCGGCAGGAGCUGUUCAAUGCAUAUGCAGCAAUUGGGCCUUCGCACUGCUGCAGCCCUGCUGCUCUUGACCCUUUGCUACCCGACCCUGAGGCAGCAGCAGCAGCAGCAGCAGCGCAGCAGCAGCAGCAACAGCAGCAGCAAGGUGUCUAUGAUGCAUUGGCCCACUCCUUUUCCCCCGUGCUUAGCGUAGCGCUGCUGCAGUUUCUGGUGUCGGACUUCUCGCAGCACCCAGAGGUGCUUGCUGCUGCCCGAAAGAACCCUCAAGUUGCUGCAUCUUUGGGGGCUGAGGCUGCAGCAACAGCUGCAGCAGCUGUUGAUGCUGCUGCUGCUGCAGGUACUGCGGCAGCAGCAGACGAUUGCUGCAGCAGUCUUGCUCUCGUGCCUGCUGCUGCAUUUGAUCCCGCGCUCUUCCUCGGGCUGUUAGGGGCUGCAGACGCGAUGGCUGCUGUUUCUCCUUUGCCGCUUCAGGCCUCCGCGCUUGCUAUUGCUAGGAGUUUUGUUGAGAAUGCGCCGUGGCUGAGUGCCAACGGCUCUAGCGCCUUGGCGGUCGCUUGCUGCAGCAGCACAGGAGCAGCAGCAGCAACAGCACCAGCAGCAGCACCAGCAGGAGAUGGCGGUGCCUUGCCUGUUUCUUGUAUUCCGCCUCGGCCGUUGAUAGCUUGUGCUGCAGAGGCGAGCUUGCGGCGUCGCGUUGCGUGUCUUUGUCUGUGGCUUGCAUCAGAUAUGAUAAGUUCAAUUGAUAUGUCUUUGCGGCUAGAUAUAUUUGAAGGGGAGUUGGGGAGGCCCUCUGGGGGCCCCUUCUGGGAGGAGACUCUGCUGCGGGGCUGCUCGUUCCUGUGGCUGCCCGCACCCCUCUUGUUUGCUGCUCAGACAAUCGCCGUGCUGCUGUUUGCUGCUUUAGGGGAGGAUGCAGUGCAGCAGCAGCCCGCAGCAGCAGCAACAGCAACAACAGCAGGAGCAGCAGCAGAAAACGAAGUAGAGACAGAGGCCUGCAGCAUACGAGAGGAAAUAACAGGGGCCUUAGCGCAGCUACUUGAGCUGCGGGCGCACCUCCACCCAUUAACAUGUGAGUGGAAGCUUAUACAAAGUAUGCAUCAGCAUCCUAUAGAGCGUCUUGCUUCAUUUUUAUCAGAGUUGCUGCUGCGGCUAUAUGCGCUUGGGGGGCUGCAGCAGAUGCAGGCGUUAGCAGCAACGAAGAAAUCCGCGACAGCACCUGCUGCUGCUGCUGCAGCAGCAGCAGCAGCAGCAUUGAACCCAUUUGGGGGGGACAACACGUGGCCGGCAGCAAAGGCACCCCUUCAACGUGUGCUGCUGCUGCUGGGCAGAGACGCGCGACGAUUGCAGAGGAAGGCUUUGGCAUUCUCCCAGUGCUGCUUCAGCAGCACGCACCUGAAGCUGCAGCCGCAGCAACCGCUGCAGCAACAGCCACACCAACAGCAGCAGCAGCAGCAGGUCCUCCAGCAAGGCUCUCCGGCGACAGCAGCAGGACCUUCUCCUCCGCUCGUAGAGAGCGAGCACCAAACGCAUCAGCCGGUUGUCUCAAGUGGCAGCAGCAGCAGCACCAACAACAGCAACAACAACAACAACAACAACAACAGCAGCAGCAUUGUGGGGAAGGGUGGAGUAGAGUGUCUAGUAGUCCCCAGCCGUCUGCCUCAGGGCCAUCCUUUGGAGCUGAUGCGGAGUGUAGGGCAUUUGUUUGUGCGUAGUUCUCAUCCAUACGCACGGAUGGUUGCUGCAGCAGACAGGCCUGACGUCCCUGAAGCAGCCUAUGUCCAGCAGCAGCAGCAGCAGCAGCAGGAUAGGGAAACAACAGGGCAGCAGGAGUUGAUGGAUAGGCUGCUGCUUGUACACCCAGAUGCAGCAGGUGUAUCCGUUACCUUCGGUGUACCCCACAGCGAUUUGUCUCCUUGGCAUUUGCUGUCAGUGGAGGCUUUACCCCUUACGGCUUCGAGGCAGCAGCUGCUGCGACGUGUUGUUGCUGCUCAGCACGCUUUAGAAAGCCUAGACGCGACGACGACGGCCACCGGUGCUGCAGCAGCAGCAGCAGCUGCUGCUGCUGCAGGGUUCUUUGUUGCUCCUCCCUUGCGCACAGACCUGCCUGAGGACGGGUCGCAAGCAACUACAACAGCAGCAGCAGCAGCAGACAUCCGCAGGGCUCUAGCAGCAGCAAUUGAAAAGGAUAUCAGAGACUUGUGCGGAGAUGAAGCAAGCUGGGCCCCAGCAUUGGAGAUCAGCAGCGCAUGGAGUGCCCCCACAUGGUAUGGUGCUGAUUACUCCCUCAGCUGUACAGACACCUCAGUGGCCAAGCAUUUUGCUUUAGGGCAUUCUCCUGCAGGGCCAGCUGCUGCUGCUGCUGCAGCCCUUCCUCCUGCAGAGGCUGCGCCUGGAGAUACGGACGCCGCAGCAUCUGGUACCUGGAGACAGCAACAGCAGCAUCAGCAGCAGCAGCAGCGGCAGGUUGUGUCUUGUUCUGCUGGCUGCUGCAAGGGCUUCCCCGUAGUACCAGGCGCUGUUCUUCGAAGGCUUAGUGUUAAUGAGCAGCAAAGGCGAAUGCAGCAGCCGCUGCAGCCGUGGCAGCAACAGGUGGCGGUUGCUGAGGAGAGCGACGCGCUGCAUGCAGGCGGUGGCAGCAGCAGCAGCAGCAGCCGCAGCAGCAGAAGCAGUGGAGGCCCUUCUUCGAGCACCAGUCCUAUGAGUCUCCUCGACAGAGCAACGAACCAACUUCUGCGAAUGCUACGUGGCAGCAAAUCUGCAAGCAGCAGCAGCAGCACAGCAGCAGAUGGGGAUCAGCAGCCACGCCCCGUGCAGCUGCCUCAGCGGGAGCGUCAUGGAAGCGUUGGCGAGGCGCGUCGCCGUUCCGGUGUGGGUGCAGCAGCAGCAGAAGCUCCAGCAGCAGUAGCACCAGCAGCAGCAAAUGCUUCCGCUGCACCUUGCGGCAGCAACGAAAGCAGCAGCAGCAGCAGCAUAGGCAGCGCCUGCGCAUUGCCUUCUGCUGAGCCCAGCACCGAGGAGGUUAUUCAUCUCCUUUCAGGGGCCCUUAUACCCCGUGAUGCAUUUGCAUUAGAUGGUGUAUGGAGCGUUGAUCUCCGAGUGUUCUGGAAAGAAGACGCAUGGGGGAGGCCCUUAGAUGCUGCAACUGCACGGGCCCUUCCCUUUAGAGAAGCAGGGCCUCCUCAUCUACGCAGGAGCAGCAGCAGCAGAGGUCGAAGCAGCAGCAGCAAAAGAAGCAGUCUUAAUGCUGUGAACAUCUGUGGACCGGAAAUAGGAUUGGUGCCGGUGGCGUACGGGUUUCCUUCCAAGAGCACACGCUGCAGCAGCAGCAGCAGCAACAGCAGCAGCAGCAGCAGCAGCGAUACGGGGUCAUCGCCGCCGUCUGCCAAACGUGCAGGGCACGAAGAAACAUGUCCCCUGAUCCCUGGACCAAGUGAGCGUUUCUUCCUUGUCUCGUGCAAGACCGACCUUGUGAGGGACCAGCAGCAGCAACAGCAGCAGCAUCCGCAGCAGCACCAACAAGCAGCAUGCGAGCUGCUGCCUGUGCGGGAGGGCCUUCACCUUGCAGAGGGCGAGGCUGAGGAGGGUGUCGCAACCCACCUUGUGGAAGACGUCGGCCGAGUGGAGCAGCUGCUGCUGCAUGCAUACAGUGCAGCAGAUAUGAUGCCUCUAGGCUGCGCCCCAUGGCCUUCAGAAGAACGAGUGCAUCAGCUGUCUGUACACCCCAUCAUCCCCUUAGUCAAAAUAGGGGACCCACGUUCUCAGGUUUCGCGCCUGCAGAAGCUUGGAGCUCUCAACCAGCAGCAGCACCAGCAUACGCAGCAACGCCAUCAGCCGCUGCGGCAGCAGCAGCAACAACAACAGCAGCAACAGCAACAGCAGCAACAGCAACAACAGCAGCAGCAAGGGACAAGUCAAACAUAUGGCGGAGAUCUCACAAGAACAGUGCUGUCUCUGUUGGAUCGUAUGGGGGGCCUCACCAACUCCCGCCCCUCCACUUCGGCUGCUUCUGCUGCAGCUGCUCCAGCAUCUGAGGCCCCGUUGCAAGCUCCGCGCUUGGCCCAUGGCAGCAGCAAUAGCAGCAGCAGCAGCAGCAUCAGCAACAACAGUUUGUGUUGGCAUAGGUUUGUUCCUAGCGGUACAGUUGAUGGCUGGGGCGACUUGCGAGGCGUGCGGAGCUCCUUUGAUGAUACUGAGAAGGUUUCUGUGGAGGCAUCAAUCCUUGGUGACGUGCAGAUGCUGUUUAUGCAGCCAUCUGGGGAGCUGCUGCAGCAGAGUGUGCAUGCAGCAGGCGACGGCGAAGCAGCAGGAGACGGAGAGACUGUUAAGGAGACAAUCAAGUGCUGCUCAGCCAUUCUGUCUCUUCGGGUUGAAGUUGUCCUCAGCCAAACGAGGCUCAUCCGCCUUAAGGAGGCCCACAGCGACUUUGCUGCAGUGAAGCAGCAGAUGAAGGAACUGGUUGCGCCCGUGGUGAAGUCGGCCAAUCCUCCACACCCUGAGGACCGGGUGGCUGUACAGCGCAUGCACUUGCUGCUGCAGCAGCUGCGUCGUUCGCGCCGCCGGGUGCAGCAGCUGCAGCAGUUGGGGCAUGAAGACACGAUUCGGUUUACUCUAAAGGUGCAGCAGCAGCAAGGGGAGCAGCAGCAGGACGGGCUGGCUUUUGACGUGCCGCUGGAGCCUCUUAAGGUCUCCCAUACACUCGGAGAAGUGCGCAGGCUUCUAGGCGCAGGAGGGGGCCUUGCUUUGGUUCCAGGCAUCCGCCUCGGACCUGCUGUAUGUAAGGUGGAGGCGCUGCGGGUGGUGCAGCCGUACCCACAACCCCUUAACCCUGAGCUAUGGAAUGCGAACGGUUUCUUCGCAGCCAACUGCGCAGCACUUCGUUUCAGGCUGCAGCAAACGCCAUACCGGACUCAUGCCAAUUGGGUUGCAUGCAAUCACCUACCUGCCGAUGCCUUCUUCCCUCCUCAACAAGCUCACACUCAUGAUGACCAGACCCAACAGCAGCAGCAGCAACAACAACAACAGCAGCAAGAGCAGGGGGCCGAAACCACUGCAAGCCCAACGAGUACUGAAACGAGCGACGAUCAGGAAAGUAUCGGAGAUGCAGCCAUUGAUGGAGGGAGACACGGCGGCAGCAGCAGCAGCUGCAGCAGCAACAGCAGCAGUGGCGAGAUGACGUAUAUGUUUGCAGGGUACAAGCUGUCAGUGGAUCAGGUGCUCAGGCCCUCUGCCUCCUUCUUGUGCCAGCCAUCCCUCAUUGAUAGCGAACUCGGAGGGGCAUCCUGCAUCGCUGCAACAGCAGCAAAAGCUGCAGCAGCAGAGCAGGUUGAAUCCGCAGCGCGUAGACGGGGCUUCGCCGGCGCUGCGGCAGCUGCUGCAGCUGCUGCAGCGACAGCGGUGGCAGCAACUGCGGCAGCCGGAGCUGCUUCUGGAGAAACAGAAGAACCAGCACCAGCAGGAGCAUCACCACCAGCACCAGAAGCAGCACCAGCAGCUGCAGCAGGAGCUGCAGCAGCACCUGGUGACGCCGCAGGGAAACGAGACGCAGCAAACUCCCAGCUGGUGGAUCUCUUCUGGGGGCGUAGCUCUUCUGCAGGGACGUUGUUGCUGUGUUCCCCUAAAGACGCAUGCAAAGAGGCACCUCUAGAGGCUCCAGGAGCAAGCAGCAGCAUCUGGGUAGCAGCAACAACUCUGUCGCUUGUGUGGGAUGAAGCCUGGCCAGACGGCCUCCUGUUGGCUCUCAUGGCGGAGCUGAAGAGCUCGCGGGACUCAGCUCUUUCUUCGCCUCACCCCCUCACUGCGAAGCAGUUCCUACAACUUCCCCUCCCACCUAUUCCCUCCGAGGGAGCCCCCGGUGCAGCUGCAGCAGCAGCACCAGCAGCAGCAGCAGCAACAACAGCUUCAACCCCAGCCGUCUGGCAAUUCAGAAUGCGGCUAGAUAGCGACGGGACGCUGUUGGUUCCCCCUAUGAAUCUGUGGGAGUGGGGGAGCCCUUGGUGGCCGUCUGUGUCGCAGCAGCACAUUCUGCAAUCCUUGGGGCGCAUGCGUGUGUCUUACUUCCGUCAGGGGCCCUCCGAAAGGGGGCCCCACAGCUCCAGCUCUCGAGCAGAGGCAGCAGGAGCAGCGGUAGCAGCACCAGCGCCACCAGAAUCAGGAGAAUUAAGUUGGUUCUUUGCUGAUGCCAUCGCAGGCCUCGAGGUGCUCAGUACAGAUCAUUCAGACAGAAGCCAUGCCCAUAGGCCGACGGGUCUCGCGAGCUUAGCGCGUGAGCUGUCUGCUGAGGUGCCUGAGGAUGGGACAGAAGACGAUGAAGACUCCACGGGAUCGGUUCCUUCAGAAGGAACCGCCCCAGCAGCCUCCGUGCUGCUGUCCGAAGGGGGGAGAGGCCCUGGGUUAAGCGGCUCCAUGCGGCCAGUAGAGCCUCUUGAAGACGCGCUGUAUCUCUGCUGGCAGGCGUAUGCGACCUGCGCUGUUGCUGCUGCAGCCGAAGCUGCUGCCACCCCAACCCCUGCACAGUCUACAGCACCUGCCGCCGCAGGGCACAGCCCUGGGAGAUCCAGCAACAGCAACAGCAGCAGCAGCAGCAGCAGCAGCAGCAGCAGCAGCAACGCCCGUGUCACGUUUCCGUCAUGGCCGUUAGUGCCGCUGCGUGCCCUCGUAUCUCCUCUGGCGUAUGCAGUAACGUUUGAGGUAUUAGGCGUUUUCUUCCGCAGCGCGCUAAAGGCAGCAAACCGCGCAGCAGCAGCAGCAGCAGCAGCAGCAGCAGCAGGGAGUUCAGGAGGGGAUAGCGAAGGGUCUGCUGCAGCAGCAGCUGCAGCAGAAGCCGCUGGAGCUGCUGCGUUUCAGCUCUUGUGGCCUCCGCACCCUCGUGAACUCCACCGGGCGCUCUUGUGGAGGCUCGAACUUCUUCACUGCCUAGAUACGAGUGUUAGUUUCUUCUUACCUUUGCUGAGUCGGCCGCGCCUUCCUCAUCUUUGUUGUCCCUGUCCGCUUCCCACAGCCGAGCUGCCCUUAGCUGCUGCAUCCGGAGCAGCAGCAGCAGCAGCAGAAGAUGAUGCAAGCGGUUCUUCCCAAGGCGCCAUCCUGCUGGCAAGGCCCAGCCGCUGUGUGUUUGGCCCCACAGUGGCGGACCCGUCGAGGCCCCUUGACUCUGCAUGCACAUGGGGCCUCAUGGGGGGCCGCCUUAAGAGCUGGCGCCGCAACAGCAGCAACAGCAACAGCAGCAGCAGCAGAGGUAGCAGCGGCGGGAACAUUCUGGGCCCGCCGGUGUCCGUGGUGGAGGGGCUGAUAAGCCGCAUGCGCGACUUGAUACUGCCUUCGCGGCGGGCCUCAGCAUUCAGUGCUUCCUCUCUGUGGCACUGUCGGCUGCUGGAGAGACGGAGGGGAGGGGACGCCUUCAGUGCAGAGGAGCGGCUGUGUACACCUCCCUCGGUAGCAGAGCAACUCUCCUGGGGCUGCGUGGCUGCCCCAAGGGAUGUGCUGCUGCAGCGCCACUGGGGGGCCCUUGCUGCUCUUCUUGCCAUCCGAGGCAUAUACCCUGAGGCCCCUGCACCGCAAGACCAAGAGGCCUACUGCCCUCGCGUGGGAGCGGGAAGUCUCUCUCUCGGACGAAGUUUGCCUGGAGGCGCAUCAGCAGCAGCAGCAGCAGCUGCUGCUGCUGCUGCUGCUGUGGAAGGCGGCAAUGGUGUUGAUGAGGACGUGUCACUGCUACCUGAAGCAGACUUCGCGUCUUCACUCGUUAACCAGCUGUCGCAGCAGCUGCUGCGGAUCCCUUCUACAUCGUUACUGGCUCUGGAGCGCUGCUUUUCUGUGGAGUUGAGAGGCGAGGGAGCGCAGGAUUUGGGGGGCCCCUAUGCUGAGGUGCUCAGCGCCUUAUGUGAUGACCUUAUAGGUAACCGCCUCUUUAUACCGUCUAGCAACGCCCGAGCAGGUGUUGGAGAGGGCAGAGACUUCACUGCAGUUAAUCCUUUGCUGCGGGACCUGCUAGUGCCUGCAGCAGCAGCAGCAGCAGCGGCAGCAGGCGCUGCUGCUGCUGCGCCGGGGGGGCAGCACCACGGCACUGUUGCCUUCUGGGAGGAUGAAACUGCUCUGGGGGUCUUCGGGCCCGCCUCCUUAAAUGCGGCUCCAGCUCCCCUUCCUUCUCUCCUCGCCGACGCCCCACCGUUGCUGGUUGCGCCACCCCAGCUGAGUCCUACAGCAGAUGAUGCAGCAGCAACAGCAGCAACAGCAGCAGCAGCAGCUUCAGGACCCCUGGCGCUGCUGCUGCCCCAAGUGCAGCAGCAACAGAGAGACUACGGGAUGUUAGUUGGGUCAUUGCAAGAAGAAACGGAAGAGGAUGCUGAGAGUUCACUUCUGAGUUUCUGGGGUUUGUCUGGUCUUACGGUGUAUGGACAGAACGUUGCGCGAGCACUACAAGCUGUAGGCGUCUUGAUGGGGUGUGCUGUCACUUCAAUGAGUCCUCUAAAUCUGUCUCUUACUCCAGCCAUUUGGACGCUGCUGCUGGGGCACCACCCGCCUCCGGAUCUCUUGCUGCAGCAGGACUUGCUGGCAGCAAAACACCUCCGCAGGCUGCUGGCGCCCAUUGCUGCAGCUGCUGCUGCAGCGGCUGCAGUGGACGAAGCGCCAUCAUCAGCUCCAGGCAACAGCCCUCGGGAAGUAGUUUCGGCAGCUGCUGCUGCAGCAGCUGCUGCGGCUGCUGCAGAGGCAGCAGCAAAGGCAGCUGCUGCAUCAGGCGAGGAUGAAGAAGAAGCACGAGAAGAGGCUGCUGCCGCUGUGCAGGUUCUGCUGCAGCGCGGUGCCUGCAUUGAUGACUCUGUUGGCAGGCCGCUGCCGCUCGCUCCCUCUUGGGAGCGUUUGCGUCUACGCCCGCAAGACCUCCCCGCCAUCUUAGACAUCGAGCAAUAUGCAACGCUGUCUGAGGGGUUCGAGGCUGUCUCCCUCCUUGCAUGGGGCCUCCAUCAGCUCGUACCGCGCCCUCUUCUUAGAGCGUUGCUGCGCCCUGACGAUCUCCGACUGCUUGUCUGCGGUGACCCCGACAUAGAUGUGGAGCUGCUGAAGCGGAACUGCAAAGUGGUCUGGGACCGCUGCAACGACAGAGAGCGCCAGCUAGUGGGUUGGCUGUGGGAGGCUCUGCAGGGAUUCAGCGCUGCAGAGCGGCGCCUCUUUUUGCGAUUUGUUUCGGGGCGAUCUCGGGUGCCGCAGGGCUGGACUUUGGGUAGUAGUGCAGGGAGUGAUGCCUUCCCAACGCGGAAGUUCGAGCUGCAUAUCAUGAGAGACGAAGAGGCGCUGGAAGCGGUAGACACAUCUUUCUCGGGCCCCCGGCAGGUUUCUGGGCAGCGCGUGGACGACCGUCUUCCCUCAGCGAGCACCUGUUUUUUCAUGAUGAAGCUUCCAAAGUAUUCUUCUUUUGCUGUACUGCAGACCAAACUACGCACAGCCAUUACCUCUUGCUUUGAAAUAGAUCUCGAUGCCAUGCAUCACAACGCAAACGCCCAACACCAUGCGGGAUGA